AUGAACGCUCCGCGGACGGAGUACCAUGUCAUGCAGGGCUCUGUGCCCGACGUGACGACGGAGGCCGGGCGCCAGCUCAUGGACCAGGUCGCCGCAAUGGACAGCGGCGCCAUGAUGACGGACGGCGCGCCGUACGAUGGGCGUGGCUUCUUGGACCCGUCGGACCGGCUGUACCUCGUCGAGCAGGCGCAGGCCGGCCGCGAGAAGGAGGAGCGCGAGCGAGCUCUGGAGAAGGACGCGGUCCGAUCGUUCUACGAGUUCCAGAGGAAAGAAGGCGCGAAACCGCGGCUCCAGGAGGUCCCAGACCUCGUCGAGAAACCUGUGCUCCCCACAACGGCGCCGAUCGUCAUCGUGCCCAAGAAGAAGAAGAAGACGACCAAGCGCGUGGCGGCGCCGAAAGCAGCGCCGCGCGCCAAGAAGACCAAGACGACCCAGCCAGCGCUCGUCGGCUAUGGCUCGAGCAGCGAAUCCGAAUCCGAAUCCCCAAAAUCGCGCGGGCCGCCGAUCGCGCUCUCGGAAGAGUUUUGCAUGGACAUUGCCACGCAGCUGAAGGAGCUCAUGAACGACCCGUCAAUUCCGCACGUCGUGUUUCCGAGCUCGCUCGACAACACGGAGCGUCGGUACAUCCACACGGUCGCGAAGAAGUACGGGCUCUUCUCCAAGAGCAAAGGCAAGGGCGACGACCGCUUCAUCCACGUGAGUCGCGCCAAGACGACGGUCAACAUGGAGACGAUCUCGCUGCGCAUCUCGCCGGCGCCUCUGAGCGUCUCGAUGGACACGCUCCAAGAGAUGCAGGACGUCUUGGCGCUUGAUGCACCCUCGCCAGAUCGCGCUCAAAUGGCCAUGCCGCCGCCGUUCCGCAAGCCGCGAGCGGCGUUCAAGUCGGCGUUCCCGCCCGUGGCGCCGCCGCACAAGUACACGAGCUCCCAGCGCGCGCUGCCGGCGCACGCGCACCGCGACGAGAUUCUGGCGCUCGUGCAGAAGCACCAGGUGGUCGUUGUCGCCGGCGACACGGGCUGCGGCAAGUCGACGCAGCUGCCGCAGUUCCUCAUGGACGCGCCGGGCCCGGCGCGGCGCAUCGUCGUGACGCAGCCGCGACGCAUCUCGGCCAUCACGCUCGCCGAGCGCAUUAGCGACGAGCGCAGCCUCGAGGUCGGCAAGGAGGUCGGGUACUGCAUUCGGCUCGAUGCCAAGUACUCGCACGCCGCGACGCAGCUCAUCUUUGCCACGACCGGCACGCUCCUGCGCUGGCUCGGGAGCGAUCCGCUCGGGAAGCAGUUUACGCACAUCGUCGUCGAUGAGGUCCACGAACGCGACAAGGACACGGACUUUCUUCUCGUCGUGCUCAAGCUCAUCCUGCCGCUGCGCCCGGACUUGCGCGUGAUCCUCAUGAGCGCGACGAUCCAGGUCGACAAGUUCUCGGCCUACUUUAAUCAGUGCCCGAUCGUGAGCAUCCAAGGCCGCAUGCACCCCGUGCAAGCGUGCUUCCUCGACGACGUGCUCCUGCUCCUCGACAGCUCCGUGCCGAGCAGCAAGACCAAAGCGUCGACCAAUGAGCGGCCGAAGAAGAAGCAGCGGGCGCUCGACGCGUCCUGCGUCAUGUGCGGCAAGUGCGACUUUGCGGACGAAGGGGACUUUGGCAUGCACGUCGCCACGUGCUUUGGCGGGCAGUGGGUACCGCCGACGGCGACGCCGGACGAGGCGCUGCUCCUCUCCAUGCCUGCGGACGAAGACAUGGAAGCGCCCGUGGACGACGCGGUCCUCGAAGGCUCGGUCUGCGACCAAGUGGCGCGACGCCUCGCCGCCAAGCGCGCGCACGCCAAGCCCAGCGUCAUCGACAACCUCGUGUCUUCAUACCAGCUCUCGCAAGACGCGCUCGGCAUCGACGGCGGCGUCGACGUGGACCUGGUGGUGCGGCUCUUGGGCCACCUCAUGUCCGUGUCGUACGGCGAGGGCGCGAUCUUGGUCUUCCUGCCUGGCUGGGACGACAUCCAAGCCAUCGCCGACGUCCUCGACAUGCAGCCUGUCUUCCGCAAGUGCAUGAUUGCGAUCCUGCAUUCGCGCCUCUCGCCACAGGAGCAGAAGCGGGCGUUUGCGCGGCCGCCCAAGGGGGCGCGCAAGAUCAUUUUGGCGACCAACAUUGCCGAGACCAGCGUGACGAUCGAAGACGUUGUUUACGUCAUCGAUACGUGCAAGUCGAAGCAGUCCAAGCUCAUCAACGGCUACAGCGCGCUGCACACCGAGUGGGUGAGCGACGCCAACUGCAAGCAACGCCGCGGCCGCGCCGGCCGUGUCGCGCCCGGCGUCUGCUUUCACCUGCUCACGCGGCAGCGGUUCGAGUCGCUGCCGGCCUUCUUGACGCCCGAGCUGCUCACGACGUCCCUCGAAGACUCGGUCUUGGCCAUCCAGAUGCUGCAGUGGCAGUCAGGCGACUCGCUCGGCUUCGAGUCCAUUGGCGAGUUUCUGAGCCUCGCGCCCGACCCGCCGCUGACCCACGUGGUCGAGGGCGCGAUCGCGUCCUUGCAGGCGCUCGGCGCGCUCAACUCGGACGAGUCGCUCACGUACCUCGGGUGGGAGCUCUCGCAGAUGAGCCUCUCGCCAGCGAUCGCCAAGACGCUGCUGCUCAGCACCUUCCACGACGUCGCCGCGCCCAUCUUGUACUCGGCGUGUGCGCUCAGCUACCGCGAGCCGUUCGAGUCGGAGCUCGGGACGUCCGGCGCGCAGCGCAACCAGCGCCGGCUCGUCAAGGCGUCGCUCGCGAGCGGCCACGAGAGCGACCACUGGGUGCUGUACGCAGCCAUCUACGGCUUCCUCCUCGCGUCCGACCGCGACCGCUCGCACUACUGCCGCGCCAACGGCUUGCUCCAGCCCGUCUUGUUCCACACGUCGGGCGUCAUCAAGCAGAUCGAGGUCGAGUUCACGAGCCUCGGAUACGCGAUCCCGCCGCCUAUGGGCCCGCCGAGCCCGCCGAUGGCCAUGGCCGUCCUCGCCAGCGGCCUGUAUCCGAACCUGAUGUACCGCGACGUUGGCUCGGUCCACUACACGACCAAGGACAAGUUCAAGGUGCGUCGCGCCGGUGCGUCGGUCCUCUCGCCCAAGAAACCCACAAGCCGCGAGUGGGUCGUCUUCCACGACAUGAUGCAGACCGAGCACGCGCGCACGGCGCAGGUGAUGACCAAGGUGCAUCCGUUCACGCUGGCGCUCCUUGUCGGCGCGUCGGCCGUUCUCGAAGAGCUGCCCGACGUCGACGACGAUGACAAGAAGAAGGACGACGAUGAGGACGAGGCGGCGUUUCUCGACGGCGUCAUCGUUGUCAUUGACGGCUGGAUCGCGCUGCAGAUGGAGCGCGAGGUGGCCACGCUCGUGCUGCGACUGCGCCAGCGCCUAAGCGACGCCUUCCUCAACUACGUCGCGGCCAAGAGCCACGCCUCGCUCUCUCCCGCCGACGCCGCGCUGCUUCACGCCGUGGCGUCGUGGGUCGGCCGCGAGACGCAGCGCUAGACUCUAUCAUCAUCCAGACGCAUGGGUGUAGUACAUGUGAUUCUUCUUAGA